CUUACUCAAAGAUAAUUAACUAUUCAUCAACCAUGUGUUCUAGUAAUCACGUAAAAAUUUCCUUGUUGUUUAUGACCAUAUUAAUAAUUAUUCAGUCUGCAAGUUCUCAUAACAUACCUACUGCAAAAUUUGGUUGGACUCAAUUAUUAGAAUUCGAAAAUCGUGUAUGUCAACACUACUGUGAAAAUAUUAAUCAUUGGAACAAUCGAUCAUCUAAAACAAUAUUGUUUUGUAUGUUAAAUUGUCCAUUCGCAUUUACAUCGACUCCGAAAAAUUUUAUUACAUCUACAACAACAGCGAUUCCAAUCACUUCUACAUCACUUGGAACAUUGUCAACUGCUAGCACAGCUCCAACAACGACUCCAACUCUAGUGACUCAAAAAACCAAAUAAUAUAAGUAAAAAAAGA